AUGUCCGCCCCAAACCCAGGCCGUCAAUCGCCCGACCCCGAGCGCCAACCCGGCGCCCAACAACAGGACACCCCGGGUCUAGGCAAAGCCUCUCCCAACGCCGCGCCGUCAGACGAAUACUCCAAGGCCAAGUCAGACGAGACCAAGAGCGGGCUACCGAGUAAUCCGACGCAUGUGUUGGAGGAUGCUGUGAAGGAGAAGUUCAAAUAA